AACUCCUCACUAACUUAUGAGUAAUGACUGUUCACUUGAUAAACAAACAUGGCUCUCCAUCGGUGUGUUCGAUCAGCUGCUACCAGGUUAUUUCAACAAUAUCAUAAUCGUGUAUUCAACGAUAAAGAACUUUUGGUAGAUACAGGCAAAACUCAAAAUCAACAUUUCAGCACAUCAGUAUCAUGUUUGGUAGAACAUUCCAAAUAUUUCCCGGCCAAGACUUCACUUAUGUUACCCCCUGGCACAUUCAAAGACAAACUGGCAUUUAUAACUGGUGGAGCAACAGGUUUAGGAAAAGGGCUUGCUCUGAAUCUGUCUCAACUAGGUGCCAAAGUAAUAAUUGCAAGCAGAAGCCAAGAGCAGCUUGAAAAAACUUCCGAAGAAAUCUCACAAUCAUCUGGAAAUGAAGUUGCUUAUUUCCGGCUAGAUGUUAGAGACCCAGCAGCCAUUAAAUCUGUGUUUGAUAGCAUAGAAUCUAAGUAUGGUCUCCCUGAUAUGAUUGUUAACAAUGCAGCUGGUAACUUCAUUACUCCAUCAGAGCGUCUAUCACCAAAUGCCUUCACCACAGUGAUCAAUAUUGUAUUGAAUGGAACAGCCUACAUUACAUUAGAUAUAGGCAAACGACUUAUCAAGGCUAAGAAAGGUGCAGUUUUCCUUGCUGUCUCUGCAGACUUUGCAGACAGUGGUUCUGGGUUUGUUGUUCACAGUGCCUGUGCUAAGGCUGGUGUGGAAGCACUGACCAAGUCAUUGUCAGUAGAAUGGGCCCGAUAUGGUAUGCGGUUCAAUGUGAUCUCUCCAGGACCCAUUGAAACCAAGGGUGCUUUUAGUAGACUUGAUCCCACUGGUCAGUUCACAGACAGAAUGAUCCAAAAGAUUCCAGUUGGCAGACUUGGUGAAGUUGGAGAAUUUUCUAACCUGGCAUGUUAUUUAUUGAGUGAUUACUCAUCUUGGAUAAAUGGCCAGGUUAUAAGACUGAAUGGUGGUGAGUACCCUUGUAGUGCUGGUAUGUUUAAUGAUUUGAAAGCACUGACUAAUGAGCAAUGGGACACUUUGGAAGCAAUGAUUAAAUCUGUUAAAGGAUCAUAGUUGUACCUAAGCCUAAGAUUAGUGGACAACAUUAUGUCCCCCAAAUUGAUUGAAUGAAUGAAUUUAAUCUAAUUGAUGAUGACACACAUGUUGUUGUUGAAAUUGAGAAAAUAUAAUGAUGUAUUUAUGAUCUUAAUAAGAUUUAUUGGUGAAAACAAUUGAAAAAUGGAUGAAGUUGUUACUAAGUUGUGUAACAUUAACAAUUACAUUAGAUCUUGAUCUGGUAAAAAGUGAUUUCAUGUAACACUAUGUCAAGUCUUCAUCUGUUAAAAAUGUAUGUCAUCUAACAUAAGAAAGAGUCUUGAUUUAAUGAAAAGUUGCAUAAUUAAAAUUUAAUAUAACAUAUAUCUCAAUUUCUUUUAUAUUUUGAUAUAAACUGUUAUAUGCCAACCAAUAUUUGCCUGUGAUUUCUUAUAAUUGUGAUUAUGUUUAGAUUGAAUUCAUUGUACAUUUGUCAUUUAUUUUUUGUGUAGUAUUUGAUUGAUGGAGUUAUUAUAUAGUCAUAAAAAUUAUUUUGUUUGCUUUUAAGAGUUGUAGUUUGUGAGAUACUUUCUUAGAUUUCCCCAAAUCUACCUCAUGUUUAAGAAACUCAUACUAAAAAUACAUUUUGAAAUUCUUUUGUUGUAAGCUUGAUUCUAUGACAGUUUGACAUCUAACAUUUUGUAUAUGUAGGUUGAAUCAUUUUUUUAAAAAAGGUCAUUCAAAUUCUUUAAUGUUGACUUUAUCAGUUGUUGCCUUUUUUUUAAUUUUUUGACCAAAGAAAUUAAGAAGAUUUAUACUGAUUCUCUCCCCUGAAUUAAUCACUUUAUAAAUUAGUGUCCAGUGUCCCUACUAUGAUCAAAACCUGAAACUUUGAUACUAGAAGCUAAAUGUUAAUGGUUUCUGGCAACUUUUUUCCACAUCAUUGAUAAAAAACAAUUGUGAUUUAAUGAUCUUUUUGAGAUGAAGAACUCAUGUCACAAUUGGUUCAGAUUCAAAGAAACUGCACUUUAAUUAUAUUGAUACAUGAACAAUUUUGACUUUCCUUUUUGCAUCUUAUUUAUUUUUUACUAUCUUUGAUUAUUUUAUUGAAUAUUUUAUGGCACAAAUAUUAUCAAUAAUGAAAUGUAUAGAUAUAUUCUAAAAAGUAUUUGUAUAAUGAUACUUUGUUUUUAUAUAUCCUCAUAUUUAAAAGUUGUGAGGUAACUCGUCUGGUGUCAUAAGAGUUUUGAGAGCCUGGGUGUUGGUUAUGGUCAGAAUGUUGUUCCCUACAAAGCAGUUCUGUCCCUCUCCACACAGCUGAUACAGUUUGAGGUCAGGCAUGCUAUUGAGUGGAAUACUAACCCCACUUCUUUCCACCAAUUUGAGAAAAAACUGAUGUGAAUGAAAGAAACUAUUUCAAAGACUAUUGCUGACAAUAAAUAAAGAACUAUGACUGUGCACACCUUGUUCAUCCAUUGUCAAAGUUUCAGAAAUAUUUUUGUGUACACAAACUUGAUCAGUUCUACAAGGUAGAGACUUGCCUAUAUAAAGUACAAUGUAGAGACUUGCCUAUAUAAAGUACAAGGCAGAGACUUGCCUAUAUAAAGUACAAUGUAGAGACUUGCCUGUAUAAAGUACAAUGUACUUAUUCCAUUGAAUAGUCUUCAGUUGGUGGCUUUAAAUUGUGACCAAUAGAAAUAAAGACAACUUCUUAUUGUCAUAAUUUUAUUUUGUCUUUUGAAUUCUUUUAAAUACUGUAUGCUUUAUUUCCUUUUAUUUUGACUACACAGUGUAAAUAUUGACCAGUCAUAAACAAAAAAUUCAAAUACAAUUUAUAUAGCUUAA